AUGACGGCCAUGAUGGUCAGCAUGGUCAUGGUCAUGAUGGUCACUACGAUCAUGGUCUUGAUGGUUACCAUGAUUACUAAUCGUGGACGUGAUGGUCACCAUGAUAGUGGUUAUGAUGGUCAACAUAAUCAUGGUUAUGAAUGUCACCUUGAUCAUGGGCAUAAAUGUCACCAUGGUGACGCUCAUGAUGGUCUCCAUGAUCUGAGUCAUGAUGGUCAACAUUAUCGUGGACAUGAUGGUCACCGUGAUCUUGGUCAUGGUGAUCAACAUGAUCAUGGUCUUGAUGAUCAUGGUCAUGGUGAUCACUAUGAUCACGGUCAUAAAUGUCACCAUGAUGACGCUCAUGAUGGUCUCCAUGAUCUGGGUCAUGAUGGUCAACAUUAUCGUGGACAUGAUGGUCACCGUGAUCUUGGUCAUGGUGAUCAACAUGAUCAUGGUCUUGAUGGUCACUAUGAUUACGGUCAUGAAGGUCGGCAUGAUUAA